ACAAAGAUUACUGACUGAACACCCCUAAUAUCGGCAUUGACCACCGUUUCUACCUUCCUAUAUCGCUAGGAUGUCUCUGCUGGAUCUUCCAAAUGAGUUGCUCCUGUCUAUAGCAGAGAGUUUGAGAUGCGAAAGUGGCAUUAAUGCUUUUGCUCGAACGAAUAGCCAGCUCUAUUAUUUGCUCAACACGUUUUUAUACCAAUAUCAUAUACGGACAAGCGACUAUUCAGCCCUCCCCUGGGCUGCGCAUUAUGGACUCACUAAUACUGUUCUUAAGUUCCUCGACUUGGGAGCAAACGUUCAGGCAAUGUUGGAUAAAGACAAAAGCGCAACGGCGCUCCACUUGGCUUCAAAAAGUGGAUAUCUAGUUAUAGUGGAGAUUUUGAUCCAAAGUGAUGCUGAUAUUAAUGCGCGAAUAUCUAAAGGUAUUAUACCUCUCUAUGGAGCCGUUAUAUGUGGACAUGAGCAUAUUAUACGUGUUUUGCUUGAGAGCGGCGCAGACUUCAUGAAACCCCUCCUAGUACGAAAUCGGCCGACUAUCCUUUACGUCGCAAGUCACUUCGGAUUUACCGAUAUUAUAUAA